AGACCCGGGGUUCUCCGGUUCGCCGGUCCUGACUUAACGUUCUGACCCAUCUUCGGGCCGGGUAUUCGCCGUUACCAAAUUAAGGCACUGUCCUCGGGGACGAAAUGAUCAAUUUCACCCGCGACGUGGAACAACACCUCGAAAGGUCAUCAUCUGCCAGAGGCUCAUCCAUCGGCGACCUCAGGGGGGCGACGGCAAACCAUCUGGAUGACCUCAAGCGCGCGAUUGAUGGCGUAAAUGACAUAGAGUCCCUUAGAGUUCCUUAUAAGAUAUCCACGGCUGGUUCCUGGUACCGGUGCAACAGAGCCGGAGUUGGGCAACUUGAGGGGCUGGCACAACAUGCUAGCCUUGAAGGUUAUACCCGGGUCCUCGCUGAGAACGCGCUGGAAGGAGGAACGGUGAUAUAGAUGACUCCCAAUGUUUGAAACAUCUUGUUAACCCAAUCGUGGAUGAU